UCCGGACGAAUAACUCGUCCCCGACUUCGCUCAGCUAUAUAUCUCGUCGAACUUUGUUCAGUUACCUCACUUCAUCUUCCAAUUACCCCUCCUACGAUACCCCUCAAUCAUAAAAGUGUUGCAAACAUGGCGGAACACAACAUUGUUGUCUUUGCGGGCGACCACUGCGGCCCAGAGGUCAUUGCUGAGGCAAUCAAGGUCAUCAAGACAGUCGAGAAGCUGAGCCCGACUGCUGGCAAGUUCAACCUGCAGGACCACCUGCUUGGAGGGUGCUCCAUCGACCAGACCGGCUCCCCCCUCACCGACGAGGCCCUCGCUGCCGCCAAAGCCGCCGAUGCCGUGCUUCUCGGCGCCAUCGGUGGCCCCGAAUGGGGCACCGGCGCCGUCCGCCCGGAGCAGGGUCUCCUGAAGCUGCGCAGUGAGAUGUGCGCCUACGGCAACCUCCGUCCCUGCUUCUUCGCGUCCGACGCCCUUGUCGAGUCCUCCCCCCUGAAGGCGUCCGUCUGCCGCGGCACCGACAUGAUUAUCGUCCGCGAGUUGACCUCGGGCCUGUAUUUCGGAGAGCGAAAGGAGUAUGACGGAACCAACGCGUUCGACACCACCGUUUACACGAAACCAGAGAUCGAGCGUAUCGCGCGCUUGGGCGGUAUCCUGGCCAGGAAAAGGGGCGAUUCGCGGGUUAUCUCGCUCGACAAGGCAAACGUGCUGGCGACAAGCAGACUCUGGCGUACUGUCGUUGAUGAGGUCUACAAGAACGAGUUCCCUGAUCUCAAGGUUGAGCACCAGCUUAUUGACAGCGCCGCCAUGAUCAUGGUCAAGAACCCGACGCAUCUGAAUGGCGUCCUGUUGGCACCUAACUUGGCUGGCGAUAUUCUUAGCGACGAGGCGAGCGCCAUCACUGGAAGCAUAGGACUCCUCCCUAGCGCAAGUCUCUGCGGCGUGGGCACCGCAGUGCCUUCUAUUUGCGAACCUAUUCACGGGAGCGCGCCGGACAUUUCAGGCAAGGGUAUUGUGAACCCCAUUGGCACCAUCCUUUCCGUGGCCAUGAUGUUCCGGUACUCUCUGAACCUCGGCCACGAGGCCAAGCUCGUCGAGGACGCGGUUCGCGUCGCCAUCGACGCCGGGCUGAGAACCAAGGAUAUGGGCGGCAACACGAGCACUGCCGAGGCAGGAGAUCUCAUCGUUGCUGAGCUGUCCAAGAUUCUCAAGGCGUAAGAUGUCUCUUGCGAAAAGGAAACCUGAGAGGGAGGUUGACAAAGGAAACGGGAAAAUCGGAGAGAGGAUGGAAGAAAUUAAAGACAAUAGUAACUGAAAAAGCGAAAUGUGUCGAGAAAAGCAGUGGUUGACAGAACAGUGUUUGAGACGAGACGAGCUUAUAUCACUGUCGAGGAAAUUUAAAAAAUGAACUUAACUUGGCUGGGGGGUUUGGCUAUAUUGGCUGCCUUAUGUACCGCGGCUAACUAGGCCUACCACAACUACCGUGGCCACAGCUACUAUCAUCAGUACUUACAAAGAUCCUGAUAGACCUUUGUACGGAAAGAUCGUCCGACAUUGCAGCAUGUUUCGACCUUAAGGCCCCUUCCUCACUUUACCUGACUAGCAAUACUAUAAGUAUUCCAAUAAUAGCUUAGUUACGAUGGCGGC